GUUGGAAGAUCUGUUUAGUUACAGCUCAUAACACACAUGUUAAACGCCUGCUCUUCCAACUAUUGUCACCAGAGAAUGUUCUUCUCUACCAGCCCCACACCCUUGACUUCCUGCUUCUACACGCUACUAAGACAUGUACCACACAUCCCCACGGGUAUUAUCUUGGAGAAAGUUUGGCAUAUCUAGCCAGUUUCGACAAGUGCCUGUCUUGAACGUAUCCACGCAGCACACUCAGUUAAGUCACACGAUGUAGUGCCUGGCUUACUAAGUCAUGCAGAGUCGCCGCUCAUUGAUGUCUUUUGUGUCUGCUCCACAACAUUCGCCAUGUUACCCUAUCGAUAUCGCACCUUGCAGCACGCCGACUCCAUUCGGCUACUUACUUUGCACCCAAGUUUGGACGAUCAAUCCCCCAUUACAUGCACUAUCCAAGAAGUACGGUUGUCUGAUGCUCAGCUCAAAUAUGAAGCACUAUCCUACACGUGGGGAGAUGUCACUUAUCGACAGUCAAUCUACUUUCACGGUGGCAGAAGAGAGUUGCAAAUUGGAGCCAACUGUUAUAAUGCGCUUCGACAUCUUCGCCGAAAAGACCAUGAUCGACAGGUGUGGCUCGAUGCCAUUUGCAUAGACCAAAGCAACCUUGACGAACGAGCUGACCAAGUCCGACUCAUGGACCAGAUCUUUCAGAGUGCUUCGGGCGUGGUGGUGCAUCUCGGCGAAGAAACCUCAGGUAGCCGUGAACUGUUUGAGGAACUAGCAGAGGCAGACAACGAUCCAUCUUGGAUUGAACAUGGCCGUCGGACAUGGCCAAGCGACAUCAUCAUUGAGCAACUAGAGAUCUUGAUCCAGCGACCGUGGUUCAAAAGAGUAUGGGUUCUACAGGAGGUCCACAACAUGAAAGGUUCCAUUACCUUCAUGUGUGGUUCUAGCAGCGCAUCUGGCAAAGCACUUGAAGGCUGUCUUUUUGGCUACCGAUACGCACUGGUCACAGACCAACCGUACCCUUGUGCUAUCGGUCUGAUGACAAGCAGCCCUAACACCCAUUCCACCGCGCAAUACUGCCUAUGGAACCUCCUCUACGAGAGCAGAGAUUGCCUAGCAACAGACCCCCGAGACAAGGUCUUUGCUCUCAGAUCUUUGAUCAACCAGAACCGAUCACACAUGGACUCUCUAAUCAACUAUUUCAAAAGUGUCGAGGAGAUCUUUACCGAAACCGCAUUGUUCCUUCUCCCAGUGAUUGGACUCCGGCUCCUCACUGCCGUUCGCCACCCACAUGAGCUGAAUACGCCGUCGUGGAUUCCGGAUUGGUCACAGUGUACUCCGCUCGAUUGGUGUUUCUUUUCUGUCUUUCCUAAUAUGAAACCAUCCCCUGGGUACGCUCCAGUCCGUGCAGGAUAUGGUCGGCUUGAAUUACACUUGCUGGGUAUACGAUACGCGCAGAUCAGCUGCAGAAGUCAAGCAUUCUGGUUCAGCAGCGUGGAAGAUGCGAAAGCGCAGAUGAAGGGGUUGUAUUGCCAACUGGGCAAUCUGAGAAAGUUGUUCGUCGAGGCAGACAUGCGAGAAGAUGCGACCCGCUCUACUCAUCUCGAGAAAAGUAUUAUAGAUGCUAUGAGCCAACUAUCUGGCCCCACCCUCCACCGAUUCAUAAAUCGCGGAUAUGUCACGGACAUACAACCCAGCGACAUCGCAACCGACGAAAUCUUCGCACUACCACAUCUCUUCUUCGAAUCCCUCCAGCAGUGCCGUAUCGUUCUCCUAGACAACAACCAGAUAUGCAUAGCACCAGACGCCGCUUGUACCGGGGACACAGUGUGUUUCCUCCGCGACGCAAACUCGCCGUGUAUUCUUCGGCAGGGUCUGAAUGGAGACUGGACACUUGUCAGUGGCAAUUGCGACGUCUAUGGCGUGGACUUUAAGAAUGACGGCGCGGGGUUUACGGAGGAGGUGUAUCUUGAUGAGCAUGGGGUGGCGCUGGAAACGUUUGUAAUACGCUAGGAUGAGGAUAUGUAUAUGAUUAUUGGCGUUGCGGGUUGGGUUUGGGUGGAUGGAAGGGGGUGGGAUUUAGCACUGUCAGGGGAACAGCACGGAGACAAAGGAUCUAGACACAACAGACAACAAGAAUACGCAUCACAAUCACAC